AUGGACUCUACCAGCAUUCAACGUGUCUUUCGCCGCGACGUCUGCGUCGGCCGUGUCGCUCUUGUAACUGGUGGAGGCUCCGGCAUCGGCCAGGAGAUCGCCGUCAAGCUCGCCGAGUAUGGUGCCAAGGUUGCGGUAUUUGGCCGUCGAGAUAGUGCUCUGCAGGACACCAUGGACCUCAUGCGCGAGCGCGGCGUGUCGGAAAACGCCUGCAUGCUCGUAAAGGGCGACGUGCGCUCUACUGAGAGCGCAGACAACGCAGUGGCGCAAGUAGUGGCACGCUUCGGCAAGCUCGAUGUGCUGGUGAACUCGGCAGCUGGCAACUUCCUGGCGCUUGCCGAGAAGCUGUCAACCAAUGCCUUCCGCACUGUCAUGGAGAUCGAUGCCAUUGGUACUUUCAACAUGAGCCGUGCGGCCUUCGAACCGCUGAAGAGAAGCGGAGACGGACGCAUUAUUAACAUCACGGCCACGCUACAACUUCCGGCCACAUGGUACCAGGUGCAUGCGUCGGCUGCGAAGGCUGCAGUGGACAGCAUUACGCGCUCACUAGCGCUGGAGUGGGGGCAAUUUGGGAUCCGAGUGACUGGUGUGGCUCCGGGACCAAUUGCUGACACAACGGGCACCGCCAAGCUGGGGGGAGACGUGAGCCCUGAAGAGAGGAAGAAGAGCAUGGCGAGUACGGUUCCUGUUGGUCGUGUUGGAGCCAAAACGGACAUCGCAGCCGCAGUGCUGUACUUAGUCUCCCCUGUGGGGAACUUUGUGUCGGGUGGUGUGCUGAUUGUGGACGGAGGACAUUACCUCUACAAGAAGCCUGUGAUGCCUCGUGAGGCGCUCGAGAGUUGGUCCAAGAAAAUGGAGAAGAAGUCGCGCAUCACGGUCGACUCCAAGCUGUAA